ACAUACUAACUACACAAGAAUCUUCUUUCUUCCUACUAGCUACCCUCGUCCAUGGCAAAUUUCAAAACUUUCUUUCUUCCUUUAACCCUUUCCUUUCUCUUCUCGUCUCUUGUUUCUGGCACCUUCUACCAAAGUAUCUCUCCUGAUGAGUUACGUGCUGGUGAGAAGCUAACACACAUUCGGUUCUUCUUUCAUGAAUUGAUAACAAACGACAAACCCUCGCUGAUCAUAAUCGAUCCUCCAAAGAUUAUGUCAAACGCUCCCCUUCCGUUCGGCUCCAUGGUGGUGAUCGAGAACCCAUUGACGAUCAGACCUGAUGUUGAGUCGAAAAGGAUAGGAAAAGCUCAAGGGUUUUACUUGUCUGCAACCCAAAGAGCAGGUUUGGAUUUGGAGAUAGUGAUGGGGAUGACCUUGACAUUCUUUGAAGGAGAAUUCAAUGGCAGCACUUUGAGUGUGUUAGGGAGGAACGAGAUCAUGCUUCCAGUGAGGGAGAUGCCUAUUAUUGGUGGCACAGGUGCUUUCCGCUUCGCACGUGGCUUUGUUCAUGCUCGCAGUGUGAAGGUUGAUUACCACAAAGGUGACGCCACAGUCGAAUACAAUGUCUACGUCUACCAUUAUUCCUCCUCCUCCACCUCUCCCUCUCAUCAACUCUUUAACCACGGCCUUAACUUCAUGACAGACCCCAUUCUCAGCAAAAUAUAAUUUUUCAAUAUCCCAACUUUAGUUGCUCAACUUUAUCUGUGUGUUCCAGUUCGUCUAUAAACUUUCAUAAUUUGUAUUCAAAGUUAGAACUAUCUAACUUAUCUGAUACAAUAUUUUCGAAAGUUUUAUACUAACUUACACACAUAGACAAGAUAUUAGACUGCUGGUGGGAAUAAAUCCGUGGACAAGUUUUCCAAAUUCACGCCGUUUAGAGCUUUGAAUAAUUCUGCUGUCCAAGUCUUCGAAUAAUGCACCUUAUGGGUUUUGAUAGGCAACAUAGGAUUUAUUUAUGAUCAAUGAAAGUUGUUGUUUAUGUAGAAUCUAUGAUCAACUGAAUAUUCAUUUUGAAACUUGCUUUAGUAUGCUUUGAAUUGCUUGGGGAUAUGCUAGCUUGAGAGAAUUGUAAAAUUGUUCAAGGUAGUAUCAAGUAUAAAAUGUUUUGAGUUAUCAUUAA